AUGCAAAUUACUUAUUUCCUAUUCAGCCUGGUGUGUUUCCAGGUUGUAUGGGCUAUCCCAGCCCCGGAUAACAACCUGCGGAGGCUACUGCAAGUACCAGCCAGCCAUUCUAUGCGAUUGUUCGGUCAACAGCCAAUUUCCGGACACCCGCCGUUCUCUCCUGGGCAUCGCGACCCGUAUGAUCACAAGGUCGACACUGUCGGCGAUGAUCGACGGCCACUCCCAAUCCGUAAUGGAGAUGGAACAACCGUGAUGGGACCGCGCAAUCGAGACCGCGAGCGCCAGAACCCCGAUCUUAUUCGUCCACCAAGUACCGACCAUGGCAGUAUGCCUAAUAUGCGAUGGAGUUUUGCAGAUUCACAUAUUCGGAUUGAGGAAGGUGGAUGGACGCGACAAACGACUAUCCGCGAGCUGCCCACUAGCCGCGAACUGGCGGGUGUAAACAUGCGUCUUGAUCAAGGGGUAAUUCGCGAACUUCACUGGCAUACAGAAGCCGAAUGGGCGUUUGUACUUGCUGGAAAGGUACGAGUCACUGCGCUCGAUUUGGAAGGUGGAACUUUUAUGGACGACUUGGAGGCAGGAGAUUUGUGGUAUUUCCCUGCAGGACACCCACAUUCACUCCAGGGUCUGGGUGAAAAUGGCACAGAGUUCCUUUUAAUCUUCGAUGAUGGCAACUUCUCUGAAGAGUCCACCUUCCUGUUGAGUGAUUGGCUGGCUCACACCCCCAAAGCUGUUCUGGCAGAGAACUUCCGUGUGUCCCCAGACAAGUUCGACAAAAUCCCGAAAUCCGAGAAGUAUAUAUUCCAAGGCUCCAACCCGGGAAGCAUUGACGAAGAAAAGCCACCCACCUUCAAAAAGUCAAAGAAACAAUUCACACAUCACUUGCUCGCCCAAGAACCUCUCGAUACAAGCGGCGGUCGUGUCCGCAUUGCGGACUCUUCCAACUUCCCAGUUUCCAAAACAGUGGCAGCCGCCCAUCUAGAAAUCGCACCAGGCGCAUUGCGCGAGAUGCACUGGCACCCCAACGCCGAUGAGUGGACCUAUUUCAAGAAAGGUCGCGCUCGAGUGACCAUUUUUGCGGCGGAAGGAAACGCCAGAACGUUCAAUUACAUGGCCGGUGAUGUGGGAAUCGUGCCUCGGAAUAUGGGGCACUUCAUUGAGAACCUGAGUGACGAUGAACCGCUGGAGGUCCUGGAAAUAUUCCGUGCGGAUCGAUUCCGGGAUUUCUCUCUGUUUCAAUGGCUUGGUAGCUCACCUCGCCGAAUGAUUGUUGAGAACUUGUUUCCUGGUGACCCUAAGGCUGCGGCGGAAUUUUUGAAAAAGAUUGAAGAUGCUGAAAAGGAUCCUAUCAAGGAUACGAACUAG